AUUUGAAUUUUUUUUUCUUUCCCCAAUCUUUGUUUAUCAGGAAAUUUUCAGGGAUUGUUAUCAGGAAAAUUUUCAUUUUCUUUACAUUCUUUUCGGUAUAUAUGUAUAUUGCCAUUUAAGAAACUGGAGAUCAUUUCAAUUUGAAAGAGAACUUGAAUCUGGAGAGAUUAAUGGUUGAUAAGUUGGAUUAUCAUACAUGCCUGAGAUAUGGUGUUUAAGAAGAGUUUAGAUUAUGGAUUUAAUGCCUUCGGUGUCUCGACUGUACCCCGUGCCCCUAGAUCAAUUCGGAGGAGGGGUCAGAGUAAGAGGACAGUUGAUGAUAAACAAAUUUCCGCUUUCGAAUUGUUAGCUUCUUUAGCAGGGAAGUUAUUGGAGGAGAGUGAAAGCUCUGCUGCAAGCAAUGCAUCCGAAGGACAUGAUCAUGUUUCUAUAGAUAAAGAUGUUGUUAAACAGGAAAUUGAGUACGAUGAUAAACAGUUAAAAAGUGAAUGUAUAGAGCAUGUAAGUUGCGAAGAGAGUGUUGUUGCCUCUGAUUGGACUACUGAACACAGUGAGAACCUAAAGGAAUUUAAACAUUCUGAAAACAAUGCCAUGUUGGAGUGCACUUUGACAAAGAUGCAGCCUGCUUACUCGGAGCAAAUUAAGGGUAAUUUAAAUUCUGCAAUUUGCAAACGAAAUGUAGCAUAUGGGAAAUUUCCUGGUGAUUUAGAUGGUUGCUCCACUAAUUACAGGGAGUUGUGUGAUGGUAUAUGUGACAAUGGUGUUAAACAAGAGCAAGAGGCUAAGGUUUUGGAAUCUGGGCCUUUUUCUAUUGCUAAAAAUUGCUCCAAAAAGGAUCCAUUAGAGGCGUUUAUGAAGUUUCCUGCACCCGUCAAUUCUGAAAGGGAUGUCAAAUUGCCAUCACGUAGUGGUUCUCUUCCUACUGCUUCUUUUUCAAGGCAUAGGAACGAUAUUAAGUUAGGUAGUGUAGAUGAUGAUGAAAAAAUUUCUAGGUUUAAUAAACUUAGCAACAGGUUCAAUGCUUCUAGGCCUCCAACAUGCAUCGAAGAUCAAAGAAUAAGGAAGUUGGUUACAUCCAAAUACUGGAAAGUGGCUCCAAAAUUGAAGGAUUUUGAACAUUUCAGAGCUGAUGGAGGAAUAAAGCCUCUACAUCGCAAACGGAAGACAUACUAUAAUUAUGACAAAUGUCAAUACGACACACUAUAUAAAAGGAGGAAGCUCCUUGACCAUAGCUCAAUAGUAACUUCUGAUGGGGGGAUUGGUAGCAAAAGUGUUCCUAAUCCACCUGAGAAGGUUAAGAAUGAAAGUAAGAGUAUCUCAGUGGCAAUGUCGCAAGGUGCAUGUGAGACACCCUCCUUGCUUACAGGUCACCAAGCAUCCCACAACUGUACUGAUUCUCAUGUAAAACUAAGCAUCAAGUCCUUUAGGAUUCCAGAACUUUAUAUUGAGGUGCCAGAAUCUGCAACUGUCGGUUCACUAAAGAGGACUGUAAUGGAGGCGGUGACUGCCUUACUCGGAGGUAGAAUCUGUGUUGGGGUACUCUUUCAAGGGAAGAAAGUGAGAGAUGACAGUAGAACUCUAUCACAGUCUGGAAUUUCCUCUGAAGAUAAUUUGGAUGCUCUAGGUUUCACUUUGGAGCCUGGUCCUGCAAUAGCCCCUCCACCUUUGCGCUCAGAGGAACCCCUUCUGUUGUUGCCAUGUGGUGCUGCCCCUCAAAAUUUAACUAGCCCUUUAUCCACUCCAGCCCUGGAUACAAAGAUUCCAGAUGUCAUAGCUGACCCACCAUCACUUACUAUUUCAGCGAAAGCUAUGGAUAGUAAUUACAAACACACUUCCUCCCAAACUAACAUACUAACUGAUCAUCUGCGAUCGGAGUCUAGAGCUCUAGUUCCAGUUGCUGCAAUGAAUGUCGAGGCACUUUCUGUGGUCCCUGCGAACCGGAAAAUACGAAAAUCUGAGCUUGCACAGCGUCGAACCAGGAGGCCAUUUUCUGUGUCAGAAGUAGAAGCGUUGGUACAGGCCGUUGAGGAGCUUGGUACUGGAAGGUGGCGUGACGUUAAAUUGCAUGCAUUUGAGAAUGCUGACCAUCGAACUUACGUGGAUUUGAAGGAUAAAUGGAAAACAUUAGUUCACACUGCGAAAAUAUCGCCGCAGCAAAGACGGGGAGAGCCGGUACCGCAAGAACUGCUGGACCGGGUGAUGGUUGCUCAUGCAUACUGGUCUCAGCAUCAAGCUAAACAGCAAGGCAAACAUCAUGCUAGAACUUUGAGAAUUACAAACUCUCAAGCUGAUAGAAAUGGAGUUGCGGUCGUCUCAAUGUAAACAAGAAGA